AUGAAGAACACUGAAUCUGAGGUGCGGCUCAGCUGUGGCGUUUUCACACAGGGAAGCUUGUUCUCCGUAGUUGUUGAGCGCGCCGUAAGAGUGGAAAAACUUCGGGAUGCGAUUGCUCGCGUGGUUGGUGCUCGCUCGCAUCUCCUGACCCUCCGCUUGGCAUGGAAGGAGACAGAAGGGUGGCUGAAACACUCCGACGGCCUAAGAACCAGCUUGAUGAACGGAGUUGACACGAGCUAUGCAGAGAUGAGUCCCAUCUGUCGUCUCUUUCGUGGUGACCAUGGGGGUGUUGGAUACUUUGCAUCGGACUUCACGCCGUGUGAUGGGGAGAGAAGACUCAAGUACAACAAUGUGAUCGCAAGUUAUCUCAAUUUGGGCUACGUUUCCAGUACACCGGCCAGCGACUGGUUCCCUGAGAAAAUGGACAACCUCUCCGUAAGUGGAACCAAUGAAGGCGAAGAAACAUCAUACAGCUUCCUCAAGAUGACGGGCUUCCCACCACUAGCGCACCCAGCUACCAAUUCACCGACAAUUCUGGAAAGACCUUGCUAUCAGACAAUUUUUGGUGAACUGAUGAAAGAGAUCAAGCAGUCGCUCGGACAUCACGACAAGAACUUGGUGGUGACGGGAAAUCCGGGAAUCGGCAAGAGCCGAUUUUACGUUUACUGCGCGUUUCGAUUGAUUCGAGGGCUUGUGGACGAGGAGAUGAAGGCGCGCAAGUACACUUUAGUGCUCAAUUUCGGGGAAAGGUACCUCACAUACUCGUGGAGCGAGAAAGUGUUCGUAAGUAUUGAAGGCAAGGCGGUGCUACAGCUUCAAGACAGCGCCAAUGUCUUGCGUUUUGUGGAGGCUAGAUCGUCGACGCUUGUUGGCUGGAACGGUGUGUCGAUUCUUUUCACGUCGCCAGCGCUCGACGAACUAAGCGAUUACACAAAAGGCCUGAACUCGAUGUCAUUUAUCUGCCCCAUGUGGACACUGGCCGAGUUACGGGCGUGUAAUUCGAUCUUGGAUGAGGCACAAAGACUGCCAGAUGACGAAUUGGAGUCCAGGUUUUCGAAGUGA